AAGAAAGUUUGUUUAUUUUACGACUGUUAACCGUAUAAUAUUUAUAGGUACCGGUGAUUGCUAUCAUGGGAUCGGGAGGAGGAUAUAGGGCAGCUUGUGGAUUAUCAGGAGUAAUGGUUGCUCUUCAAGAAUCCGGGAUCUUGGACUGCGCUACAUAUGUAACUGGACUGUCAGGAUCUUCAUGGUAUGUACCGUGUGAACUGCAUCGUAUAACUGGAGUAAUAACCUCAGUCGAUUGCUUGAAUGAAAGUGGACUUGGAGCUCGCAAAUUACAGCAUUUUGAAUGCUUGACAGGAAUUUCUUGUUUGCAGUACACACAUAAAAUGUGCAAUUUGUUAGGCCAAAAAAAAAUGUGGGUUUCCGGUUUUCCGACCCUACCUAGCUUUUGGACGUCAAAAUCCAGACCCUAAACUUUUUUAUUGGAUCAUGCUUGUAAGUGUUUCCACUUAGAGGAAAAAGUUUGUGGAAAAUUGAAAUUUGAGGCAAUAUUAGGGAAAUUUAUCUUUGGAUGUGGAAGCACUGACUAAACAAAAUGGCGUCCGCUUGUUAGGAAAAUUAAAAAAAAAGUUUAAAAAAAAAGUUAAAACCGACCUACCCUACCUAAGUUUUUAUAAGAAGAAACCGGAAACACACAUAUUUUUUUUUGGCCUUGCAGAUCUGCAAACAAGUUAUAACAAGGUUGUUGUCAAGGCGAUAUCAAGAUAUGUUCGCACUGCUUGUUCCCAGUUGUUUGAGAAGUCUGGAACAAGUUGUUAUCACCUUGUUACAAUGUUGAUGACGGUAACAGACUUGCUUCAAGUUUUUCCAACAAGACUAAUACAGUCUGUUCGUAACUUGUUGAUACGAGCUGGUUGUCAUCAACUUGUUAAAAAUUUGUUACGUGCAGACUUGUUGGAACAACUUGUUGCGAGUCUGUUGGCCUCGUCAACCUUGUUAUAAGAAUAACAACUUGUUCCAUCCAUUCCAUCCUUGUCAACAACUGGGAACAGGAAGUGCGAACGCAUCUUGUUGACAAGCUAUGAAAACGUGGAGAGAAUAUGGGGAAAAUUAGUUAAAGGGAAAUGGCAAUAUAAUUUUUUAUUUUCUCAUUUCAAAGAACUUUUGAAACCACAUAUUAACUUCUCUUACCGAUUUUUCAUUUCUGGCCUGUUCUUGAAAUAUUUUCACUUGAAGUAAUGAGAUGUCCGCCAUCUUGGAUAAAUUUUUGAUCUCAUUAACGGUCGUUUUGGUGACGUCACAACAAGGAUUAACCAUAUAAAAGUAUUCGUUGCUGAUCAAAUAUUGAUUGGUAGAUGUUUUAAAGGUUUUGAGUGAUCUUGAUAUUUCGAAAGGCAGACCGCGAGUAUAGUUUUGACGGCAAAAUGAUUAGUGGUUGUCUAGAUAAAAAUAGUGCGUCACCCCUGCCGUGACGUCACAUGCAUAUCUACAAAAAUUGAAGAUGGCGGACAUUUCAUUCCUUUCGAUCAAAAUAUUUGCGGAAGUAAGCAAGAAUGAAGAAACAGUAAGAGAGUAUUAUAUACAGUCUUAAAAGCUCUUUCAACUACGAAGAAAAUAAAAAAUAUAUUGCCAUUUUCCUUUAGGCAAGUUGUACUGCAAAACAGAUGAAACGUACAAGGGUGGACAAAGAACGGGUAUAUCCAGUUCUUUGUCACCAUAAGUUACUGUCGAUGCAAUGGAAGUGUUGAUAAAAUAUUGCAUGAAUUCAUUUCCUCAAGUUGAUCAAUUCAUACGAAUUCAAAUUUCUUUUUACUUUCUGUGCGUUUCCUAUUGGUCAAUCGGUUCUGAAACGAAAUCUAAUUGGCUCAUCUAAAAGUAACAGGAAGUUGAUCAAUUUUCUAUCAAAUGAAUUGAUCAACUUGAGGAAAGGACUUGGUGCAAUAUUUUAUCAACACUUCCAUUGCAUCGACAGUAAAAGAACAUUUUGAGUAAAAGUUCUCUAAACGUAUCUAUUUUUCUAACCCUUGACUUGAAAUCACAAUUUUUAUUCACACAUAUACAAAACUAAACAAGUAAGUUCAAAAUGGUGACAAAGAACAGGAUAUACCAUUGGGGGGGGGACUUUUUAAUGGCCACCCCCUGUACGUCAACAUGGUUGUAGAACGUAUGACCUGAUACGUGAAGUACGGUAUUUCUGAAACAUUUUUUAACCCCUUGGCUCGUCAAUGAAUUACGUGAACUGUGUGUAUUUCCCCAGGUAUAUAUCCUCGCUGUACAUGCGUGAAGGUUGGCCAGAUUCCAUUACAUGUGAAGAAAUGGCGAAUGAUCUCAAGAAGAGAUUUGAUACUAGCUUGUUCAGUCAUUUUCAUUACGACUUUAAACGUCGUAUGGACGAGAAGGCAAAAGGUGGCCAGCCUGUCAGGUUCACUGACUUCUUCGGGAUGGCAAUUGGAGAUGCAUUGCUACGAGUAAGUUAAUGAAUAAAUUAUGAAUUAAACAAUGCUGUAAAAGUUACUUAUUUUUUUGGAACUGGUUAAAUCUGCCAACCUUGGAAGUCCUUUAAACGUGAGAUCUUUAUUUUUCUCCCAAAAAACUGGGGCUGUUCACAAAAAACUUAAGACCAAAACCCAACAGAAGCAGAGAGCUUUGUCUCUCUUAUUUGUCCAACAUUGAACUUUUCAUGUCCAAAACAUAAUGCAAAUAACAAUGAGUUUAAUAGGUAAUCUACAUUAGAUUUGGUACAAAGUUAAACAGGUUGAACACAUAUUAUUAGCACUGAUGAAGAUCCGGGCUUAUACGGAUCGAAAGCUUUGCAGUAAUAAAUUUACGUGGUGUUUCCACAAACAAAACUAUUAUAUGUUUUAUCGCCAUACAAACAUACAAAGAACUUAGUGUAUAUGAUUUUGUUGAAAUGCAGCCUUGGGGAAUUCUUCGUCGAUUGUUGUUCGUGGUAAAGUGCCUUAGAGCGUCAUACCAAUGGGAUAAGAUAACAUCGCGGUAUCCAGAACCCUAUACAAUGGACUCUUUCUCAAUCUGUCUUUUGUACCAACAGUAGGCGCAAUCAACGAUCAUUAUGUUUUGUUUUUCUAGAAUCAAGAAUGCAGAUUGAGCUCUCAAUAUGAUAAAAUACGACACGGCGAAAUACCACUGCCAAUUACCACUGCUAUUCGAGUCCGUUUAGAUAUCCCUGCCAAAGAAUUUAGCGGUAUGUGUAAGUUCGUACAAAAUGUAUUACAUGCAUAUAACCCAUUUAAGCUAGAAUUUAUAGAUAUUUUUAUCUAUGCUUUCUUUAGAAUGGGUAGAAUUCACACCGUAUGAGUUUGGUACUGCUAAAUAUGGCGUGUUUGGUAAGAUCACAGAUUUUGGCGGGAAAUAUUAUAAAGGACAAUUGGUGAAACAAUAUCAAGAAUGUCCAUUGCAUUAUUUACAAGGUGAGUUGACCACCCUAAAACCCUGGGCAAACUAGGAAACAUUGAUGUGGAAACAUUUGUGAUUGCCCAAUGUUUGCCCACCCGUGGAAAUUUAACAUGCAUUGUUGCGGAAACAAAAUUUACUUCCCGAGAAGCAAAAAUGUUUCCUAGCGAAUUCAGAAACAUUUGAUGUUUCCCUAUGUUUCUCACUAAUAGAACUAAUGUUUCCAAGUGUUUGCCCACUCUGGGAAACAUGGCGAAACAUUGGCAGGAAACAAUGUUUCCGCAACAAUGUUUCCUAGUUUGCCCUGGGCUUAAGCGGUUUUCCAGUUCUCGCACGAAGCUCCUCGCAGCUCGCUCCGAGAACUCGCAGACGUUCUGCGAGUGUUUUGCCGCUCGCAGGAAAUAGUUCAAAAUUUUGAACUAUUUUUUACUCGCUGCGAGAGGUCGCAAUAAUAAACCAAUCAUAAAACAGCUUACAAUCACAUGAUAAUUUAUUUUCAAAAUGGCGGCUAGAUAGAGUGAUGAAAGUAUAGAAAUUUUAGUAGUUUUCAGUAUUCGACUUAUGAAUUAGUGGCUUUACCAAAUUGUGUAGGUAAUCAAAUUGGUUUGGUAACAUCCUGAAAUAAUUGAUGUAGCCUGUGUGGUCUUCCUCCUCUAAUUCUUUAAAUAGUGUAAAAAAUUCACUUAAUUGUGCUCUCGUUUGGAAUAUUGGUCUUACCCAAAACCGUUUUUAAGUAUUUGGUACGUCUUUUUCGUCGACUUCGCAAUAACAACGUACAAAAUGAACUCUUCCCGUCACUACCUAGCCUGCGAACGGGCAUGCCAUGAUUACGAGAUUGGCGUGUGGUGGAAACGGAAUGACAUUGGUGCGAGUACUCGCAGCCAGUUGCGAGGAGCUUUGUGCGAGGACUGGAAAUCCGCCUUUAAGAAACCUGCUUUGACCAUAUACAUUUUCUGCUUUUCGAAUAGCGAUUAGCGGAACUUCCAGCGCUUGUCAAUUUCCUGAAACGAUUUAAUUGAUUUGUGAGACGAGAAAAUACUCAGAAUGCUUUAGUUAAAUAUCAUGAUUAAAUAUGCGAAUAUGUCGAGGUUGUUAUACAGCCAUAUUUUAAUAUAUACUACUGUAUACUUUAACAAGCAAUUUACUGUACUGUGCUACAGCAACUGUCCAGUCACGCAUAUACAUGAUAGAAAGCCCAAAUAGCUUUAUAAAAAAAAGAUGAUGCGAAACGUAACAGAACAGAUAAAUAAAGAGAUAGAUAGAUAUUUAUUUUUAUUUAUUUACUAUUCGCCAAAUCAGUUCAUAAAAUUAACAAUUUUAAAUAGAAAAUAUUUACAAUAGUAGGGCGAGAAACCUUCCAGAAACCAUAAGGCUUUUAUUUAAGGUCCCUAUAGUUAGCUACGAUUUAAAUAAUAUAUAAUAUUAAAAGUUAAUACCAGUCCAAUUGCCUUCAAAGAGAUGACGGUGAUAUAUUUACAAUAAGGAAAGUGAGUAAAGAUAUAAUAGACUAUAACAACCAUUUGACUUUUCACUUUGUGCUAAGAAUUGUACUUAUUUUAAUUUGACAGAAGAAAAUAUAUUUUUAUUGUUGAUUUAAAUAUUUAAAUAUUUCGUCGGAAAAUUAUUCCACACAUCGAUGCCGUUAUUCAUAGGCGUACCGGGGGGGGCUGGGGCAGUCGGGCAAUAUUCGACCAAAUGGGACAAAUUCUGUCAAUUUAGUCGGAAAUUCAGUAAAUUUUGUGGUGAAUUGUGUGUUGUUUUGAAAAUUUGUGAUGUUACGAAAAAUUUUGGUAUGUCCGGAAAAAUUUUUUGACCCCUAAAAUGGUACACUGGCCGAAAUUUUUUUGGCGACGGGGGGGGGGUCGCUCCGGUACUAGUCGGGCACAAUCCCGAAAAGUCGGGCAAAUUUCUUUCCGCCCCCCUAAUUGUUUCCUUCCGGUACGCCCAUGCCGUUAUUAUAUAGCGAGCGUGUGUUUUUUAUAAUUUGUUCUAAUACAACUUUUGUGUGGCAAUGAUGCGUUUCUUGUGUUACAAUUAUGGAUUUCUUCGUUAGUUAAAAAAUAUUUAUUAAAAACCUCCGGAAGAUUUUGUAGAUGAAAUAUCGGAAUAUAAAUAAACUUGUUAAAAAAUCAUUCAAUUUACACAAGUUUAGUAUUUUAAGGUCAUUAAAAAUUGGUUCAGUAUGGUCAAAAUAUAUGAUUUGAAGGUCAUUAAUCUUACUAUCUUUUUCUGAAUAUUUACUAAUUUUUGAAAGUGGGAUUUGUAAGCGUUACCCCAAACUAAAUUACCGUAUAUAAGAUAUAGAUAGAUAGAUAGAUAAAUAAAUAGAUAGAUAGAUAAAUAGUUUAUGGAACAUAAUCUUGCAGUCAGAAAGACUAAAUUACAUGUACAGUUUACAAGUUAAUGAAAAUAAAGGUAUUAAUUUACAAUAACGUCUACUAGAAUUGAUAUAAAAAAUUCUGAAAAAAUCUUUCAUUAAAACUAUAUUUUAAGUAUAUUAUGUAAAAUUUAAUGUUUAAACAGCGAACAGGCAGAUUCGGCCGUCUCAAAUAAUGGCAAUGUUGGGCCAUAGUAGCGUUGCAGAUUGCAGAGGAGAGUGGGCAGUAAGGCUCCCCCAUGUACCACCCCAUGGAAAACCUGCACCCCUGUGUUAUCGUAAUUACAAGCUUUCUUGAGAGGGUUGGUUUUCUGAUAUGGAUAUUGUUGGAUUUGCUAGGCAUAUGGGGAAGUGCUUUCAGUAUUAUUUUGAAUACCUUGAACUCAAGUGAAAAGAAAACUGAGGGACAAAGACAAAAGGAAAUAGGUAGGUAAAGGUACGCACUGUAAUUUUAGAUCAAUUUAUUUUUGCACCAUAUAGGAAGAUGCCAUAGAAAUCUAUAGAAUUCCUAUAUGCUACAUAUUAUUUUCAGAGAUUGGCAUGCUUAAGGACGCAGAGAAAUGCAAGACUGAAGAACAUGACAGUGAGGAUGAAGAGACGCCUGAGGAUGAAGUUGACUGUACGUUAAAGUGCCUAUGACACGAAAUUUCACCCCAAAUAUUUAUGAUUGCAUUGUAAAUAUCACUUAAAAUGACUUAAUAAUUUCUUUUAUAGAAUUUUGGUAACUUGCUUCCUUUGCAAGAUAUUGAACUUUGUUUCAUAUGCAAGUAUCACCGGUGUGACAUCACAUCGCAUAAUGACAUUUUGAAAAACGCAAUAUUUUGCCUUAAUAAAAUAUUUUUACAAACAAAUACAGAGGGUUAAUUACCAGUUAUGAAAUUAAUACAUAUACAAGAGUUUAAGUUUUUAAAUACGUAUUCGUCAAGAAAACCAUACUUUUCUGAAAACUCAUUAUGUGAAUGAUGUCACAUGACCGGUGAUAUUUGCAUAUGAAACAAAGUUGAAUAUCUUGAAAAGGGAGCAAGUUACCAAAAUUCUAUAAAAGAAAUUAUUAAGUCAUUUUAAGUGAUUUUUACAAUGCAACCAUAAACCUUUGGGGUGAAAUUUUGUGUCAUAAGCACUUUAACUAAAGUAACGUUAGGAUAUGAAAGAUUAGACUUAGUUAAGGUCUGGCUUACACUAUCAAAGUUUCUGUGAUCACAGUAGGAAUUUUGCAUGGGCAAUUUCUAAGUUUUGAAGGAUUAAAGUUAGGUUUAGGUUUAAUUAAACUAGUUAGAAUUAAAUUGUUGCAAGGUGGGAGAACAUGAUACUAACUUCUCACGGAUAUAUAAUUGUAGUCAUAAUAAUGCGUGCAAUUUUUCUAAACACCAUAUAUUUAUGCAAACUUGUUUUUACAGCUGAAAACUGGGUGACUCAAAUGUUGAACCCAAAGAAUAUAUUUUCAUCUCGAAAAGGAAAAGCUGCUGAAUGCUUCAAUUUUUGUCGUGGACUGAAGUUUAAGUGCAAAAAAGGUAGAAAUAUUUCACCAGUAUCUAAUUUUAACCACUGAAUAGCCGACGAACUUUUGGUAAGUAAGUGGGGUGUGCUGAUUAUCCUUAUACUUGCAGCUGAGAGCUAAGCUGAAUUACGAAGGAUGAAGCUUACCUGAUCGAGUCGAAGGCCUACUGAGGGCGCCUAUGGCAUGCAGCCACUUUAUGACGCCUUAUGACUCAUGUCUGAUCAGGGGCACAGCUACGGUGGAAGGGUCAGUUAGGGGGAUAAUCCCAACCCACCCUGUCAGCAUUUCCUGUGGGAGGAAAUUGUCAAUUUCCCGUUUGUAAUCUAAAAUGACUGAAAAUUGCAAACUUCGCAAGGCUAUAUUAUCCGCAUUUUACAACAUUUCGCAACGAAACUUCGGAAUAUUACUAGUUUUGUGAUGCUCGUUCAAGCUGUGACAGACUUGUCUGAAUCACAAUUUCACUCAAAAGGGGAAAGGUCUAUUUGGUUAACCAAAUUUGUCCCUGCACAUUAUAAGAAGAACGUUAUUGGAGAAGGGGGCCACGUAUUAGAGCACCGGCCAUAUAUGAGAGGGGAGCUUAAUGGUGGAAUUAAGGCACUCGGAAAUUCAAUUUUUUUUCUUCAGACGACGAACACGACCACGCUACUGGCAAAGACAAGACGAUAUGUGUUGUGGACAGCGGUAUUUCGUUCAACUCUCCAUUCCCUGCCGUAUUGAGACCUGAAAGAAAAGUUGAACUCAUUCUGUCGUUUGAUUUCAGUCAGAGAGAUGGUGGCGAUAACGAAUUGCCUUUUAAAGUGAGAAUAAGAAUUGACGAGAUUAAAUCUUAUUCUCCGGUCAAACGAGAAUAAGAAUUGACGAGAUUUUCUUCAACUUUGAGCUGGUUCAAAUUUUAAUGAAAGCUUGGGGAAGUUUUAUUCGUUUGAUCACUAUACGUUAGAUAUUAUCUAGUCAACUCUCGUGCAACACUUGUUCGUGUUUGACCGAGGAUGGUUAAGCAAGGCUGAGAGUUGAGCAGUGAGAGUUGCAUGCGAAUUUUCUUAACUUUUUCGCGCCCUGGUCUAACGAGAACGGGGGUUGCGCGCGAGAGUUGAUAAGACUUGGCUGGAUAUUGCCACGUGCGUAGCGAAAACUCUCAUCAAAAUUUGAACCAGUUAAAAGUUGAUGAGAGUUGAUGAGAGUUGGUGAGAGUUGAUGACAGUUGAUGACAGUUGAUGGGAGUUGAUGGGAGUUAAUGGGAGUUGACGAGAGUUGACGAGAGUUGAUGAGAGUUGAUGAGAGAUGUUGAGAGUUGACGAGAGUUGACGAGAGUUGAUGAGAGUUGAUGAGAGUUGAUGAGAGUUGAUGAGAGUUGAUGAGAGUUGAUGAGAGUUGAUGAGAAUGCAUCCGGCUGCUUCAUGCAUUUAUUGUUCAGAGUGAGUACUCCGGAUUUUCGGAACACUGAUAGAAUCGAACCGAACACGGUCACAUGAUUGUUCUGUCUGCCUCUACUCAAAAGUACAGGGGCAGUCAGAACAGUCAUAUGACCGUUUUCGGGUCGAAUCUAUUAGUGUUCCGAAUAUCUGAAGUACUCCGAACAGUAAAUGGAGCAGCCUGCAUGAGAGUUGAUGAGAGUUGGCCCCCAACCCGAGCGAGAGUUGAAACUCUCAUCAAUGGUCUCGCCAACUCUCGCUUGACCAGAACCUAACAUAAUUACUUUAUUGUUCGUAGGAACUUUUGAAAGCUGAGCAGUGGGCAAAGGAUCACGGUCAUCCAUUCCCACAAAUCAAAGGGAACCCAGUAACUGAAGAUCCCAACAUUCGUGAAUGUUAUGUAUUUGAGAACAAAGAUGACGCAACGUGUCCGAUGAUUUUACAUUUCCCAAUUGUAAACAAAACUUUCAGAGAAUAUCUUAAGCCAGGUUAGUGAGACCAUAUGCUAUCUUAUCUUAUUUCUAUUCUGCUGUAAUCUACUCUAUAUCUCGUGGUGUUCACUGCUGCUGCAAAUUCCAGUCAAAUUAUGCAUGCAAAAGAACUGAAUAUUGAAAACGUUGUAGCUCGCAACCUAACGUGAAAUUUUCGGUAUAGACUAAGACUACGCUGACACUAUAACACCGGAGCAAAAUUAUACCGGGCAAAAUUACUCAAAUAUGAUUGGCUAAUGAUGAGGGCAUUUUUUUUAAUUCAUUGGCUGAGACGCAAGCGCGGGAAGUUUCUUGUUUUAAAUAUACUAGAAAAAGUACAAAUUAUUUAAGAAAUGGGCAGCAUUAAGGAACAUCGGCGAAGUCACAGAGACAUACGAGGUUCAAGAACUUGACAAGUUCACAAUUUACUUAGGAAUAAAUUUUUCCCUCGCAUAGCUCCUCGUAAAAUUAAGGUUUAAUUUCACUUGUGUUUUGAAAGUUUCACAAAUUGCUCUCGUUAGAAACGUGUCAUGAUGCAAUCUUUCUGCAUCAUGACAUCAGAAUUAUUCCACAUGUUAUCUUCCCAGCAAAAUUUAGUCCCAGCAAAGCGGAACAAAGUUUCAAUUUCAUGUAGUGCAUUUUAUUUUCUAGGUGUUCCUCGUAAGACACAAUCGGAAAAAGACUUCGCCAACUUUGAUAUUUUUGAUGACCCUGCAGAACCCUAUUCGUCCUUCAAAUUCCAGUACAAACCUGAAACGUUUGAACGAAUGCAUGAAUUGAUGAAAUUCAACACGCUACUCAAUAUGGAUCUGAUCAAAGAAAAAAUUGGCUACUAUGUUGGAUACAAGCGAAAUAACCCUGCAUACGAACAUUUAGAUCUUUAUGUUUGAAGUGUAACUGUGUUCGUAGUUUAGCAUCUUCAGUGGCGGCGCCAGGCCUCAGAUUCGCCCCCCCCUCCUCUCAAAAGGAGGACGAUAUUCCUAGGAAUAUCCCCUUUAGGAUAUUCGCCUCCCAUAUAUGCGAUUUUAUGCGAUGUCGUUUAUUCAAAUAAUUUCGUCAUACUUUCUUCUUAUUAGUGCCUUACACGUUUGAGAAUUUAACUCUGCAAAACUAAAGCUUUUUCGUCUUUUUUGAAACGUAUUAUUGGAGUAUUGGCAAGUUUUACCAUUCAGAGAUUUACAAACUAAUAUUGAAACAGUAAAAACAGUUUCAUGUAUACGCGCAUUCACUAAUGAGUAAUGACAUCUUAAAAGCCAUACAUUUUCCGAUAGCGGCAAAACGCUUGUGUAGCAGUGACAAAUAAUUUUAUUUGAGGGGGGGGGACGAAAUGGGGAGGCAGAAAAUAAUUGGGGGGCAUUUCCCCCCCCCCCCUCUUGGCGCUGCCACUGAAUAUCUUGCUGUCUUGCGAAUACCCUGCCAUAUAGAUUAUACAUCUAUACGAUUAUAGAUAUAUACAUAUAGAUGUAUAUCGCUCUUGCGAAUACCCUGCCAUAUAGAUUAUAGUUUAUUUAGUUAAUUUGUAAAUUAAAAAAUUAAAUACGCUAACCAAUAAAGAUAGAGGAACUUUUUCGUACCCAUUUUGUUGUGAUGUUCGAUAUUUAUAGACGGUCUAGUCAGUAAACUAAUUUGGAAUCUAUUUUGUUUAUACUUCAAAGAUAUUAUCAGACAGACUUAUGAUACUUUCGAAAUGGAAAAAAAUUAUUCAAAUAACAUAGUUAUAUAUUGUUAGAAGCUGUAACCUUGCUGUUAACAAUUGUACACUUUGUUAGUUCAAACUUUACUUAAUUAAUACUGAAAGUAUAAACUGCCGUGUAAUUUUGUGUGUGUCAGCGUGCGCUAGUUACAUUAAACUGGGCCAACUGACCUUGACAACUGGGUAAUUCCUUGAUUGACUAUUCUUUCUGGACUUUCGAAAGCUGAUUUUAGACUAUCCGUAAUCCAUAUAAUCAAUCCGC